UUGGGUCCUGAAGAAGGAGGUAUUUCACGUCGGACUACCGUAGGUGUGAUUGAGUUUUCUCCAUGUUAGUGCGUACCUUUGCCCGUCUUUGAAAUAAAAUUGCGUCUCUACUGUUUUUCCGUUGGAUGUUCGUCGGCCGCGGUCGCAUAGCGGUUAGUAAGCUGGCUGAACUUGGUGCCUCGUUUUAGGGUUAAAGCAGCCAGCUAGCCACGCUAACGCUAGCUACUACCAGCGCUGCUGUGUGUGUGUGAGAGAGAGAGCCGACGUCUAGAAGGGCGUACGAGUUUGACGUUUUCUCCACAAGUCGCCUCACAUUUUUGAGUUUAGUACAACGCGGUCCACUCUCUGCUCGAAGCUAUCACACCCAGCGGGCAACAUGGAGGGGACUCACUUUGCAAGAGCAUGAACACGACGACCAACGGCGACUAAAGAGGAUUAAAAGCAACUCGGGUCUUCAUGGGGAAAAGUUGAGUCGAGGAUUAACAACUUGGGAUAAACUGAAGAAGGUUCCAAGUCUUACCUAUUGUACAAUUUGUACAAGGGAAUGCUCAAACCUCAGUGAUGGAAACCACAGUUGUGAGUACGUCCAAUCUCGCCCCCGAUGAGUUCGAUAGGAACGUGCCGCGGAUCUGCGGCGUGUGUGGCGACAAAGCCACCGGAUUCCACUUCAACGCCAUGACCUGUGAGGGCUGCAAGGGUUUUUUCAGGCGCAGCAUGAAGCGCAAGGCCGCCUUCACGUGUCCCUUUAACGGCAGUUGCACCAUCACCAAGGACAACAGGCGCCACUGCCAGGCAUGCCGGCUCAAGCGCUGCGUGGACAUUGGCAUGAUGAAAGAGUUCAUUCUGACAGACGAGGAAGUGCAGAGGAAGAAAGACCUGAUUCAGCGGAGGAAGGAUGAUGAAGCCAUGCGCGAAGCAGAGAAGGAGGCGCGGCGGCCCCGGCUGAGCGAUGAACAGAGCCAUGUCAUCGCCACGCUGGUCGAGGCGCACCACAAAACAUAUGACGACUCCUACUCUGACUUCUGCCGCUUCAGGCCUCCUGUGCGCGAGGGCCCGGUUACGCGUAGUGCCAGUCGAGCUGCCUCCCUCCACUCUCUGUCUGACGCCUCCUCUGACUCCUUCAGUCACUCACCAGAGUCAGUAGACACCAAAAUGAACUUCAACAACCUGUUGAUGAUGUACCACGAGCAGGGCAGCAGCCCCGACUCCAGCGAGGAGGAGGGCUCCAGCUUCUCCAUGCUGCCCCACCUGGCUGACCUGGUCUCCUACAGCAUCCAGAAGGUCAUCGGCUUUGCCAAGAUGAUCCCCGGGUUUAGGGAGCUGACGGCAGAGGACCAGAUCGCCCUGCUCAAGUCCAGCGCCAUCGAGGUGAUCAUGCUGCGCUCUAAUCAGAGCUUCAACCUGGAAGACAUGUCCUGGAGCUGUGGUGGGCCGGACUUCAAAUACCAGAUCAGCGAUGUCACCAAAGCGGGACACACUCUGGAGCUGCUGGAGCCACUGGUGAAGUUCCAGGUGGGUCUGAAGAAGCUCAACCUGCAGGAGGAAGAACAUGUGAUGCUGAUGGCCAUCUGCCUGCUCUCUCCAGACCGCCCAGGUGUGCAGGAUCACGCGCGGAUCGAGGCCCUCCAAGACCGCCUGUCCGAGACCCUGCAGGCCUACAUCCAGCUGCACCACCCAGGAGAACGGCUGCUCUACGCCAAGAUGAUCCAGAAGCUGGCGGACCUGCGCAGCCUCAACGAGGAGCACUCCAAGCAGUACCGCUCUCUCUCCUUCCAGCCGGAGCACAGCAUGCAGCUCACCCCGCUGGUGCUGGAGGUGUUCGGCAGCGAAGUCUCUUAGAAACCUCCGAACCCCCGCGAUGGAGAUGAGACAGGAGACGAGACGGUGAAAAAUGGAGGGAGAGAGCCGAGGGUGUGCUGGAUCGACUUAGUGGAGGCGUGGAGCUAGUAGAAGGUGUGUGUGUGUGUGUGUGUGUGUGUGUGUGUGUGUGUGUGUGUGUGUGUGUGUGUGUGUGUGUGUGUGUGUGUGUGUGUGUGUGUGUGUGUGUGUGUGUGUGUGUGUGUGUGUGUGUGUGUGUGUGUGUGUGUGUGUGUGUGUGUGUGUGUGUGUGUGUGGCAAGGUUGUAUGGAGAGCAAGCAGAUGUUAGGAGACGUAGUAAACAAAGGAAACUUCAUAUAAUACAAAUGUAUCUAUUCAUACAACUUCUGCCUGUAUGCAGUGUCUUUGUCUGUAUUUAAAUCCACAAACCGCUGCUUCAAAUGCCUGGACUUUUUGUGUGUGUGUACUUGGCGUGCACACACACACACUCAAUACAAACAAACUCAGUUAUUCAUUUUAGCCAUUCAGUUGAGCUACCUCUUUGUUUUACACCACCUGUGAAACAGUAACUUUUACACAAAGCAAGAGCUAGAUGCAGGAUGCAUGACAUUUCAGUGCAAAAGUGCACAUCCUCUUUUUUAUGUUUCCGAACUUUUCUUUUGGUUUAUCAUCUGCCUCUCUGUAAGGCAGCAUAUGUAUGUAUGUAUGUAUGUAUGUAUAUUAUACAAUUCAAACACAUGCCUUUUGCCUUUCACCAAAGGUAUGGUCUACUUUCUCAAAAAGCUUCCAGUACCUAAAAAUAACCUUUGCUGCUUCAUGGCUCGCUUCACGCAUGCAGCCAAUCGACAUGCUAGCAACUAGCCUCACAGCCAAUGAAGGAAAACUGGCAUUCUUUAGGUUUAUACUGCAGAACAUAGUCUGUCAUUUAGUGAGGUUUUGAUGGGACAUCGGGGCGUCUGGUUUUGAGGUGAGAAUUAGCCACUAAAUGUUUUAGAUAUUUUACACUGCUAACUGUCAAUCAAACCCAGCCGGCAUUAUGGCUAGAGACUCUCUUUUGAAAUGUUUCUUUCUUCCUCUUUAUGUUUAAUUGUUUGUUUCCCUGUAAAUAGUUAAUUACUACCACACGUAUCCUAAGCACUGUUAUUCCACCUUUUACGCAAGCCUAUGUAUUGAUCUACAUUAUCUAUAUUAUCACAGAUUUUAAAGGGCUAAGAUGCCAAAUCUAACUGGAAUAGUAAAUUGAGGCCAAAGCAAGCGGCCCGUCUUGUUAAUAUAUAGCUGCAUACCAUAAUUGGAAUUGGCAUAUAUAUACUGAUGUAAUUGCAAUGGUUGUUUUUUGUUUUUCUUCUUCUAUACGUCACAUCACCUUUAAAAACAAUUCCAUGAAUUGUUCCUUCGUAGUAAACAGUGAGCUCGGUGGGCGAAGAGCUAGGGAAGCUGCUUCAGACCAAGAUAUCACACCCCGUUCGUUUCUGACAGGGAAGUGGAUUUUCUAGAAUGUCGGAGGGCCUGGAUGCGCAGCUCCACACCCAGGCCCUCCUGUUUGAUGAUGUAUGCUGCGCAGCCCUCUAGUGGCUGCAUUGUGUAAAUACCAGCUAUAUAUAUAUAUAUAUAUAUAUAUAUAUAUAUAUAUAUAUAUAUAUAUAUAAUGUCCCGCUGUACAUAGGGCUACAUAGAUAUUUCUCAAGGCCAAUCUUUUCUGAAAUAUAUAUGCAAAUACAAUAUUGACCCUUUUUUUGAUUCACUAUCACUAAGUUUCUGAGACACUAUGCUCUUUUGACUUUUUUUUCUUGUUAAGAAUGAAUUAGAAAUGGCUUAAACAGGGAUUGCUUGUGUAUUUGACUCAGUAAAAUGAUAUAUUUUUUAGUGGUGGGUUGCCUAAUUUCCAAGGUUUAUUUGCAGAAAGAGGACAAGCUUAACAUAAUGUGCUGCUCUCUAAUAUAAGCCAUAUAGAUCAAUAUUACAGCUGAUCUAUUACAGUGAAUUGAAAUGAUGUUUCCAGAGCCUUGGAUAUCCUCAUUAUAUAAUCUUCGUACUCAUAUGCUAUUUUUCCGGGGCUCUUGGAGGAUAAGCUUGUAAAUGAAAGGAACUCGUAUGCCUUCUCUCUGCUGUCAAAGUGCUGUCAGUCAUCUUUGGCUUAUGCUUCAUCAAACAGCAUCUAAUGGCUUAUAAACCAAACUGCCAGGAGAAUUUUAACGCUUAGGUUUAGAGGCCAGUAAUGUAUGGCUUGCUGCAUGCGGGAUUAUGGUGAAAUUAUAUAAAAAUAAGAUGUAUUUUUUAUUUCAAGACAAUUCCCCAAAGAAGUCAAAUUCUUGCCGUGUUCAGAUGAUGUCACUAAGGCAUCUCGGCUUUAGACAAGUCAUGUGCAGAGAGUCUUGCGAGUAUCAAACUUUAUAUAUUUUGUCUUCUAUUUGCUGUGUGACAGAAGACACCAGUUGAAACGGUUGCUGUGAUUGGCCAGGAGCAGACCAGGGUUACUCUGUGAUCUUAAGAGGAAAGGCUGGUGGGAGCGCGCAAGUGUUUGUCGUUGAGCUGGACGUAUUCCCGCGACUUUGCUUUGGGAGAAGUUGUUGCUUCUAAUUUGUUCAGCCUACAUUUAGAGUUUAUAAACAUUUAGGAUUUAAUGUCCAUUCUCCACCACUGUGGCUUUUUAAAAUUCCAACUCUUCAUCAGUCACUGUGACACUCAAGCUGACAGUCGGCGCUGGAAACGGGGAUGAUCGGUAGUUAAAUUCAGUUAAUCAUAAUGAGUUUGGUUUUCUCAAUGAAAACCAUUUGGAUAUGUAAUGUGUGUGUGUGUGUGUAUAUAGAUACACACACAAAGCAGAAAUGUCCCCACCGUGAUUGAUCUUUGAGGAGUAGAGGACGGAGUGUCUUUAGGCAGUACCACUCAUAUGUAUAGUGUGUCAGUUUGAUGAGGGGCAUGAUGUGCUUGGUUACUGAACACUGACUUUUGAAGUUUUUGAAAAGUCUCCUUGUUGAUUUUUCUCUGAAUACAUACUUCCUGUAUGUGGAAAUGAGUUUGAUUUUUAGCUCUAUAUUGUUUUGUUGAGAUAGAAAUGCGGUGUUGAUUUGUGUAUGUUUAACACAGCGGGAGGUUUGGUGAACAUUGUAAGUGCCACAGGGAGAGUUCCCUCCACACAAGAACAGGGUAAAAGAGGAGUUGCUCUUUUGGCUUUGAAAACCAAACAGGAAGAGUCUUGUGGAUGCAUCGUUUUGCCACUAAUUGAGGCAAAUUUCUGCGUGGUGCCAGGGGAAUACUCACUUCAGGUUUCAUCAUAAGAAAGGACCUCUUUUGUCCCAUUUUCACUCACUAAAUAUAUACAUACCUGUUGUUUAUUGGUCCCAAGUUAAUUCCAAGUUUAAAAUGAUGCAUCUGCAGAUUUUUCCUGUUUGGCUUUACCAGGGUAGGCAGCGUUGAGGUUGUUGAAAAUACUGGAACUUGGAGAUCUACCACACACUACAUGAGUCUGUCUUUUUGGGGAGAUUUCCCUCGAGAUUGGCAACAAAAUACAGUAACAACACCUGCAAUAUACAACUCAUGGUACACUAUCACCAGCAAGCUUUACAGUUUAUCAUGUACGUAGACAUUUUUGAAGUUUUUUGUAUAACUGUUGCCAUUACAAAUCCUGUCUGUAAACAGAUGUCUGUUAUCAGUCACAGAAACAGUUGGCCAUCUCCCACACGAAGGCUCUCUAGUCUUUUUUUCCUUUCCGUUUUUUUCUCCCAUUAGGACAGGGAUUGUAAUGGAAUCAACUUAAUUUAGUUCUUACAAAAAGGAGUGUCCACAAUGGAUGUACACCAUAAUCUACCUAAAAAACCUACCUCUUUUAGCUCAGAUUUUUUGCUUUAGCAUUAAGCAUUUGCCUCUGUUUUUACUUUUGUAAUAUUUGUAUUCAUGUUGGUAUUUAUUGCUGUCUAAUGAGUCAUACUUCAAUGAUUACCUCAGAGAUAUCUCACAGAUUUUGGGAGAGUCCAGCUAAUGAAGUCAUUCAUAGUUUGUUUGUUUUUUUAGAUUUUUUUUUGUACAGUUUAUUCUUCUCGGACAUAGCAUUGCCUUCUUUCUUUUUUUUAACGCACAAAAUACCAGGAGUGUUUUUAAUAUAGUGCCUGCACUCUGACCAACGGAGCUCAGACUGGCUAGGGUGAGGCUGCAUUCACUCCAGAAGAAGACUUCCUCCUCUGCCUCUGUGUCCUCUAAAGAUCUGGGUAGUUACCAACAUCAGAUGCUGUAGAUCUGGUUACCAUGUUGUUGAUAUGUACCGCCAUGAUUAUGGUUCCUGAGGGCACAGGGCAGAGGAGAGCUUUGUGGAGUGAAUGCAGCCGCAAAGAAGGAACAACCUGAAAGACUUUGUGGCAGUAGGAGAAGCGGGAGGUGUGUUUGCGCUCCACUUGGUACUGUUAGCACAGUCUUUGCUCUGUAGUACGCCAUCCUUCCCUUGUCCCUCUUAUUUGCCCCCCGUCAUUCCCCCCAUACCCUCUCCUCCUGUCCUAAAGUCUGCUCCCUUCAUCAUUCCCUGCCGAUGUUUGGUCUAACAAGGGGAAUCUAGGAGAAAUAAAAAUCCUCAGUAUCCAUGCAAUGCUGCUUUUAUCUCGAGCAUCGCCAAGUUGCGUGUUAUAGACGCUACCUGAUGCAGGCAUCGUCCAAAAGUUCGCCCCGCAGCGGCGCGACAAGCCUCAUUGAAAGAUUGUGUCUUUGGAAACGCAACUUAGUGGUGCUUUUUGGGAAAAAAUACUUUCAGAUCGUAGUAUCAUAUUAACGGAGCAACUACUCACUUUGGUGAAUUUUUAAACCAAGUUUAUUUUGUAUUCAUGUCAAACUGCUUCAGGUAAACACUGAAUGAAAUAAGUGAAUUUUUAUUGAUCAGUGAAUACUGAGGAACAAUGUCGCCAUGGACACACCUACCCCCGAGCUGUGUGCCAUUUUAAAACCCUGUUAAUGCAGGGACGGUGUUAAUGAAGCGGGCUUCAGAUGUUCCCCUGUGUAAUUCGAAUGAGAAAGUUGCCCGACUGUGAGAUUGGCCUCUUAAAUAGUACUUAGUCAGCCAUGUGUAUUGAUCUUCUAUAAGGAGUAAAAUUUGAAUUGAAUAGAAUUCUCACCCUGUAUUGUGAACCCAAAUCUUGCCACAUUCAAUUAAAAUGCCUGAACCAACGAAAGCACUUAAUGUAUUGCUUGUAACACAUGCAUACUUAUGAAUCUAUUAGCCAUAAACUGCCUGUGUAGGUCAGCAUGGUAUGGCUCCAAUUAUCAAAUAAGGUUGUCACCUAAAUUCUAAUGUAAUUGCAAUUUAUCUUUUGCCUCUUUUUUUUUCAAAGAUCUUCUUUUUCUAUUAUAAAUUGGUGUUUAUGUAAUGUUAUUUUUGUCAGAUGUUUUGCAAAUCAAAAAUAAACAGUUGUACAUAG